AUGACGAUACAGGGCUGGACGUCGUCAAAGGCGAUGACGAACUUGAUAUUAGCUCAAUUUCCCACGGUAUCAAGUAGCUCAACGACAUCUAUGACUGCGGUCAGACCCCCACCUACCCGACCUCAUAUUGCCAUUCGUCCCUCAACGUUCGACAACAACGAAUGGGCUGAGGAUGACGCCUGGGAUAGUACCUCGGAUAAUGGAGAUUCUCCCCGUCCGGACAGCAACCUUUCUUUUUCAUACACCCAUCUCCAUGCCCCAGAUCCCAGUUCAUACCCUCCUCGUCCUCAAAUGUCUAAUCCACCUCAAUCUGAAUGGACGAUAAUUCGAACACGGAAUGCAAGGUCUAGUUCACCGGCUCAAGAAGAUCCUGGUUCUCAACCAUCGCAAGAAACUCCAGGAAGGGAUGCAGACGUUGACAGCGACAUGAUUAUUGGGGAGAUGGACCCUGAACCAACCAACGACUCACGGUCACCUUCUGUACUUACAGUGUCAGCGAAACCGAAACAAACUGAGGGCACUCUACGUGAAAAUCUCGAUGAAAUUGUGAACGACCCGUUGUACGGCGUUCAAAAUCGAAUGCAGCGUUCAGAUCCGCAUUCGUCUGUUGCCAGCCGAAAAACUAAGGACGCGUUCCCGAACCCUGAAAAAUCUGCGAAACUGAUGCGCGAACGUUCAAUACGAACUAACCGUAGACUCAAGUUUGUCGAUUGUUUAUCGAGCCAGGACGUGAGCAUCGCCGAACUGCGAAAGUUAGCUUGGGCGGGAAUACCAUCAGAACUCCGACCUAUGGCCUGGCAAUUACUACUCGGGUAUUUACCCCUUCCGAGUCCUUCCCGUGUGUCUACAUUGGCGCGGAAACGAAAAGAGUAUCUGUCAUUAGUUGAAGUUGCGUUCGCUCGGGACCGUGACGGCCUAGAUCAACAAAUAUGGCAUCAGAUUGAGAUAGAUGUUCCGCGGACGAGACCUGGUGUCAGGCUAUGGAUGUACGGGGCCACGCAGAGGAGUCUAGAGCGCAUCCUAUAUGUUUGGGCGAUCCGCCAUCCAGCAAGUGGAUAUGUUCAAGGAAUAAACGAUCUCGUCACACCCUUCUUUCAAGUGUUCCUUUCUGCGUAUAUUGAUUCCGAUACCGAAAACUUCGAUCCCGCACAUCUUCCAACAAAUGUUUUAAAUGCUAUUGAAGCAGAUUCUUUCUGGUGUCUGUCGAGGCUGUUAGAUGGGAUACAGGAUAACUACAUAUUUGCACAACCAGGUAUUCAGAGAAGUGUUCGACGAAUGGCGGAGCUAGUGGCUCGUAUAGAUGCUCCUCUCUAUUCCCAUUUGGAGAAGCAAAACGUGGAAUUCAUGCAGUUCGCCUUCAGAUGGAUGAACUGUUUGUUAAUGCGUGAAAUCACUGUUCAAAACACGAUUCGUAUGUGGGAUACAUAUCUUGCAGAAGGUCCAGAUGCUUUCUCACAAUUUCAUCUUUAUGUUUGCUCUGCAUUCCUGGUCAAAUGGAGUGAGAAACUCCGGCAAAUGGAUUUUCAAGGGAUCAUCAUGUUUCUACAGUCGCUUCCUACCCAGGAAUGGGGAGAUCACGAGAUUGAGUUGCUGUUGAGUGAAGCAUUUGUUCUCAACUCGGUGUGGCAUAAUGCACAGAGCCAUUUUAAUGUAAAGUAG